ACAUCGUCGUCCUGCCUUCUAUUGGCGGCUAUUCAUUAUAGCGACUGAAAAUGUAUCCGUCGCAUUCACAAGCUUGCUUAUGUAACAGCCAUGUCUCCUGCUGCUGGCGCUGUGAGGCUCCAAGCAGCUGUCAGCCCACUAAAUUUGCGCAACGUCACAGCUACUCUGACUUGCGACAGCCCCAGCACACCACCUCCAACACGCGACCCACAUUAAUUCAGGAACAUCGCUACGAUUGUAAUUAGUUGCCGCUCAUGUCGUACCCAUCAGAUACCCCGUCUUCUCCACCAGUCCGCUCUCCGUCGUCACAAACCUCACCGCCGCCCCAGCGCUCUACCCCCAAUCGCUCGUCUUCCUACUUCACAUAUCCCGUAUCCUAUGCAGUCUCGGGCAUCCUGCGACGACUGAACACGGAAACGAGUCCUAAAUCAGACGCGCAAUCACGAUCGGGGUCCAACAGUAAUCGCAACAGCAUAGGCAACGUGCAAUCGCAGUUGCAGUCCACCGCAUCUUCCCUCUCCAACACGUUUGCGAGUCUCGUCUCCUCCACUACCUCAGAUAUGAACGCCGUCUUCCAACCACCACACCGGAUAGCCAGUCCUUUCCAACCACCGCCAUUGACACCGCUGAGCCUGAAAGGAUGGGGAGGUGGCAUGCGAGAAAAGGGCAAGCUCCUGAGCACGGCGCUGGCAGAAGAGAUCAGGCUCCUGCUACCUCCAAGGUUACAGCUGGUGGACGAGUGGAAGUUGGCAUACAGUCUGGAACAGAAUGGCGUCAGCUUAGGGACGCUAUACAAGCAGUCUGAGGAUUAUUGGGGAAAGAGAGGCGGCUUCGUGCUUGUGGUCAAGGACGGCAGUGGAGGUAUCUUCGGCGCAUACCUCUCAGACGCCCCACGUCCCUCUACGUCAUUCUACGGCAACGGUGAAUGCUUCCUGUGGCGCGCGCACAUACUCCAUGGUUUCUCUGACCUGCAGAUGAACCUCCCACCCCCACCGUCUGAAGACACAACAGACGCUGUGCGAAUGACUACCAUAUCCUCGCCGAAGAGAAAGGGCGAUUCGUUAGCGCCGCCACAGAAUGGUCGGGCCACUAAGAGCGGUGCGAGCACGCCAGAAAGGAUAAGAUUCAAGGCAUUCCCAUAUAGUGGGGUGAAUGACUACAUGAUCUUCUGCGAACACAGCUAUCUGAGUGUUGGUGGCGGGGACGGUCAUUACGGUCUAUGGCUAGACGACAACCUCGAGAAUGGCGUCUCGGACACCUGCCCUACGUUUGGCAACGAGCCAUUGAGCGACGAUGGCAAGAAAUUCGAGGUCAUGGGUGUUGAGUUGUGGUAUGUCGGCGUAUAAGAAAUAUUUCCUGGCAACACCCUCUGCGAACGCGGGGUUCGUUGUGUUGAGCACUGGCCACGCAGUGAUAUCGCCUAAAGGUAAAGUGUUAGGCUACGUAACUUAGAACAGAUACCAUACCUGAAGUCGAAAACUGGCUAAGGUAAAGAGCAAAAUAUACCCAUUUGGUUGUUUCGUACACGCUCUUAUCCCUCAUCUGGCACUUCCUAAGACCAUGUCUUUCUGGGUCUCACCUUGUCUCACUAUCCACCGCCUCUAGAUCACAAACAUCUGGCCUAAGUCUCACCUUCCAGUGUCUUAUCUACUUCUCCUAGGGCUAUAUCUUCUACUCCCUUCAAUCCAUAGCACUCUCAAUACCC